AGACAAUGCUGCUUGUAAUUACUUUUACUCUGUUUACAUAUUUGCUACAUAGCAAAUACAGUCUCUACUUUUAGUAUGUAUUUAGUAUGUACUCACCAGUCACCACUCACUAGAGAUUACUGAAGAGUGUCACAAGAGGGUAAAAAAGACUAAAAAAGCACUCGAAUUCACGACACUGUUCUUCAGCUACUAAAUAGACAGCGGUGGAAAAGGUAUAUAUAAGCGAUACUUAGACUCUCUGAUAGCACUAUAUACAUAUCCGCACUAGAGUGUCACCCCAUAAUAUAAUACAAUACAAAAUGAAAGCUGUUUUUUUCGAAGAGUUUGGAGACCUCUCCAAGAUGAGUGUGGUUGGUCGUCCUCGCCCCACCGCAGGAGCCAAGGACCUAAUUGUCGAGAUGAAAGGGGCUGGUAUAAACCCAGUUGACUGGAAGAUACGCGCUGGUUAUCUAAAGGAUGCAUGGCCUAUGGAAUUGCCUAUCAUCACUGGCUGGGAUGUAUCAGGAACAGUUGUGGAGGUCGGAUCCGAAGUCACCAACUUCAAGGUUGGUGACGAGGUGUACUCGUACAACCGUCCGGCUUUCGAUAAUCCCGAAUACGCAGCAACAGAGGACCCUAUCGGACGGGAUGGAUGUUGUGCUGAGUAUGUCAAAGUGGCUGAGUGGAAGGCUGCGCACAAGCCGAAGUCAAUCAACCACUCUGAAGCUGGAGGUAUCCCUCUGGCGGGACUUACAGCAUACCAAGGCGUUUUCGAUCAAGGACUUAUGAAGGAAGGUCAGAGCUUGUUGGUACUGGGCGCUUCUGGUGGUGUGGGUUCGUUUGCAGUGCAGUUUGCGAAGGAUGCUGGUAUCAAAGUAACGGGCUCAUGCAGUCACCGCAAUGUGGACAUGGUCGAGGAACUCGGUGCUGAGGUAGUUGACUAUACUAAAGGGGACGUGGAUGCACAAGUCAAGGAGAGUCAUCCCGAUGGGUUCGAUGUGGUGUAUGACUGUGUGGGAGGAGACCAAACAGCCGCAGGUAUCAGAGCCUUGAAGAAGGGCGGUAUCAUCGUAUCUAUUGCGAAUACAGAUGUGCCUGAGUUGGCAAAAGAGGCGGGGGAUGAUAAGGUGGGCAAAUCGUUCCUUGUCGCUGUCUCGGGCGAGCAACUGAAGAAGAUUGCAUCUAUGGUUGAUUCGAACAAGGUCAAGGUUGCGCACGUGACAACAUUCCCCCUCGACGAAUCCAUCAAGGCCUUCGAAGCGCUCGAGACUAAUAGAGCACGUGGUAAGAUUGUCAUCACAAACUAAGUAAUUCAUGUUAUAUAUUAAAUAUAUCGUUUCUCAAACACUUUGCGCCCCCUCUUUUCUUCGAGUGUUAAAG